GUUUCCGGGCUCCGGGGUAUUUUAAGGCGCGAGCCACUAGGGUCGCCUGACUCCCGUCGCCCGGUGCUCCGGUUCUUGCUUUCUCUGCGGUCUGCUCCCUGGCACCAUCAGCCAUGGGUCCCUGGCCCCACUCGCUGCGCGCCGUCCUGUUGCUGCUGUUCUUGGGAGUCUGCACUGUGCGUUCCGACACACCUGCCAAUUGCACCUACCCCGACCUGCUUGGUUCCUGGGUCUUCCAAGUGGGCCCCAGACGUCCCCGAAGUGACGUUAACUGCUCGGAGAUGGGACCAACAGAAGAAAAAGUAGUGGUACAUCUGAAGAAGUUGGAUACUGCCUAUGAUGAACUGGGCAAUUCUGGGCAUUUCACCCUCAUUUACAACCAAGGCUUCGAGAUUGUGUUGAAUGACUACAAAUGGUUUGCAUUUUUCAAGGAUGUCACUGAUUUUAUCAGUCAGUUGUUCAUGCAGCUGGGAACUGUGGGAAUAUAUGAUUUGCCACAUCUGAGGAACAAACUGGUUAUUAAAUAGAUCGUCUGUUGAGAGGCUCUUUUAAAACCACAGCCAAGAACAGACUUUGGCUUAAGAGGCAAACAGUUGGAUCUACCUCUAGCAGCUAGCAGAGGCCAUGGCAGCUAAAAUCCCUUCUGGAAUCUGUUUGCAUGUAAAAUGCAGAGGCGUCCUGGUGACCUACCUCCGAGGCAGCUGCCCUUCUGAACGUUUCCUUGGAAAACAGUAAUCACCACUGUGGAAUGUGAGCAACCUGAAACUGAACAGAAUAGAGGAAAAACACUCUGGAAGAGAUGAAGUCUCAGGGGGCUUCAGCGUUUAGCAUUUUCAUAAGAGGAACGAUUUAUAACACAUGGAGGUUUUUUUUUUCCCCUCUUUCUUUUCCUAUUUGAAUACUGUUGUGUCAACAUAGUUUCUCCAAUCUGGACAGGAUUUGUGUUCUGUGGCUUUUUUCCCCUGUGCUUUGGCACAAUGAAAAUUGUACUAACAGCUAACUUGUCUGUUCCUAGGUACCUUCACUUUUAUUAUUAUUAUUAUUAUUAUUAUUAUUAUUAUUAUUAUUAUUACCUUGAGAAACUCUCAAAACUAGACGACUUUGAGAUAACCUGAGAUGGACAGAUGUUAGCUAUUAGAGGGAGAUCCAUAGAAGGAAGAAAGACACUUUCUUAGCCAUAUACUAAAAGGUGUAUCCUGCAGACACCUGCAGACAGUGGACCUGCAGUGCCCCACCCAGAAAGAUGGUGUGCUUUUCUUUUUCUAUUCUUUGUUCCUUCUUUUUUCUUUUCUUCUCUUUUUCCCUUCUGUUUGUGUACUUUGUUUUUUAAAUUAGGUGAUAGCCUCUUUUUGCUAGAAUUUGAGAUCCUGUGAACCUGAAAGCCCCAUAAAGUUAGUGAGACUAGUUUCAUUUUAUAGUUAGCAAUGGUUAGUCUCCUGUAAUGCUUAAGCUCAUACAGUCUCUGACUAUAAAAUGAUAAUCCUAAUCUUUCAAACCUGAAGACUUCUCCGGGCCAAAAAGUAAAAGGAAGGCCAUCUCAACAAAGUAAAUGGUAUUUGGAAUGACAUUUGGGUAGUUUUUCUGAUGCAUUCCAGCCCAGAAGUAUUGUGAAGGUUAGUUCACUGUAGAGUGUAUGUUGCCUGGGCUGUUACUGAAGUCUUCGGAGAGUAUCUUUCAGUUUAAGUUACCACUGGGCCCACUCACUUGCUUUAAACCAGUGUUCUUUCACCCAGCAGGUAACAUUAUCAUGUCUUCUUUUCCCCUUUGCACUCCCACACACCGGGAACCAGGCUUUUGAACUUCUGUAUAAGCCCCAAUGAAAUCCCCAGUGAAAUUGACUUUUCUUAAUUGUACUAUUGUUCAGCCUUGAUUGCCAUCUUCUAGCUCUUUCCUGCUAAGCAGUGGAGUCAUUUCCUUCUCGGUUGGUUUCUAGCUGACUUGGAAGACAUAAAAGAUGAAUGUGUAACUGGUCCAUGUCAUCCACUGGGCUUUUCUCCUUUGGCUCACUUAGCUAGAAAAAAUUUUGGUCUACGAGUCAUAAUGACAGUUUUAUGCCAUGUCAGAUUUACUGGUUGGAUGAUCUUUUUCUUUUUCUUUUUUUUUUUUUUCCAUCCUGCCUCUGGUCCUAGUCUUCAAUAUCUAGGUGCCACUUCGUUAGUGGAAGAGAGUCCAUUAACAAUUACCUUUUGUCCUCUGCAGGUACCUCUGGUUUGAACUUGUAAAGGAAUAGUCUGGUGUCUUUAUCUUCCAGGAUGGAAAUCUGCUUUUUUCUCUUUAUCUUCAGUACAUAAUGCAAAUAGAACUUGAUAGGUCUCCAGAAGUAAACUACACUUUUUCUUUUUCCCUGUAGACUUUUUACAAGUAAUACUAGCUACACCGUGCCAGCUAAUUUUCUAGUGCUGUCAUAAAACACCAUGACAAAGAGACUCAUACAAGAAAGUGUUUAAUUUGGGUUUAAUUUAGAGUCACAUCUUAAUCAACGAGCACUAGACGGAAAGAGCUGACUGGGAACUGUAGAGUCUUUGGAAAUCUCAGAGUCCACCUCUAGUCACACACUUCCUCCAACAUGGCCACACUUCCUAACCCUGCCCAAAUAGUUCCACCAAGUGGGGCUCAGUAUUUAAUUAUGUGAGCCUAUGGGGGAAGGUAGGAGUUUCUUAUUCAAACCAACGCACAAAGCAUCACUUUUCUUCAGUACUAGUAACACUGCCCAAGAAGGGUGCUAUACUUUUAUUGUUCUUUGUUCUAAGAAAUAUUAUCAAGUUUCCUGCCUCCAGGGCCCUCAAAGAGUUAUAUAUUUUAAAGCUGAUUUUUCAUGGUCUAAAAGUGCUGUUGGACACAUGCAUACAUACACACACACACACACACACACACACACACACACACACGUUGUUCUGAAAAAUAUUUUCAUCAAAAAGUUGUUUUUCUCUAUAACUUUGUUUCUAAAUGUUUAUGAGAGCAAAUUAGUAGGUUCAAAAUAGUAGAUAUGUGCCAGAAGGGCUUACUGUAUACUAGUGCUUGGCAUGGUUUGUCAUAAUUGCUUGUUUUUAUUCUCUUCUGCUUUGUGGACUAUUGACUCUGUAUUACAAAAAAUACUGUAUUCCCUGUGUACUGUGCAAUAUGUGUCAAAUACCAUGAAAAUAAUGACUGUAAUAAAUAAUUCCGUGAGAAAGAAAGAAGCUUGAAAAAAUACCUCAUUGUGGCUCUUUUUUUUUUUUUCCUGAUGUUUCUGGAAUGUUCUUUCCUUUGUGCCCUUAGAAGCUAUGGCAAACCCUCAGGCUAUUAAAUGACUUACUAGAAAAGAUA